AUGCCUCGCAGGAGGCGCGAUGCUGACCCGACAAUUGACGCGCCCCUGGAUCAUGCUGCGUCAGUCGCCAAUGCCUCGUCGUCGCCCCCACAGCCGCGGAAAAGGGCGCGUCGCGCCCUGGAUGCAUGUGUGCGCAAAUCCUACACACCCCGCGUGAGCCAUCGCAACCACCCGGACUCAGGCGUGGGCGAGAACUUCCACAGCGUGCCGUAUCCCCUCAGCCUGAUGCCGUACAGCUCAUGGCAUCUCCUCCACCACCGCAGAGACUCGGCUUCCGCCGAGCAUCGCUUCGCCUGCCCCGCUUGCCGGAAGCACCGAUUGUUCCCUUCUCCUCAUAGGCAGAAGCUUUUUCUUGUUGCAGAACGUCUCUCCUGGGAAGAUGGCACGGUGCCGACUGCCGAGCGCGAGUUGAAUCAAGAGCUGACCUGGGAGGUGAACUUCCAGCUGGGAAUUGAGGCGCCUACGUUGCUGGAUUCCGAGCAGGUGGCGGCGGGUGGUGGGAGCAGUGGGUUGAACCGGUGGUUUCCGUUCGAGAAUGAAGUUGACUGUACAGCUGCCCUGCAACUCAUUGCAAGGGCUGACUGUUUGGCCGAACGAUCGUACGCGUUGUGGGUGAAGAUGCUGGAAACUCUGUACAAUGGGGAAGAGCAUUCGGUGUCUCAGAGCGCGCCUUCCUAG